ACAAAUGACAAGUCACGGCAUUGAAUCACAAUAAAUUAAAACUGAAUCUUUGUCUUUACAAAUUGCACACAAAUGCAAAUUCAAUUGCAAUUCUUUUAACCGGUCUUUCUUUAUAAAAUUUAGAAGUAAUAUUUCUUUGCAGAGCCAAAUAACGAUGGCUACAGAUCCAUUAUUUGGUUGGGAUUUAACUUUUAAGACUGUAGAAAAAGAUGUCAAACGCAAAUCUGAUAUUCUUAUAGCUUUUAUUCAUUGGAAUAUGACUAAAAGAGGUUUUAGAAGUAUUGGAAUAGGAGAUGAGAGAACACUAACUGGUGAAGAAGAGAAAUCAGAACUUCUUCCAAGUGGUUGGAAUGAUAAGGAAAUCUAUACUUUAAGAUAUGUUUUGGAAGACAAACUGUAUAUUCUGCAUGGAAUCAACACUGAUGACAAUCUCGUCAUCAACCUUUUGGUAUGCUGUCAGAGAACAGAAGAUAUAUUUGUGUCAAAUGUGGCAUUCAAAGUUUACGAUUCUAUAAAGGCAAUGCAUGGCAGUAUUGAUAAAUUGAUUCCAAACCACAAGGAUCUUAUGUACACCAUAAGGAGAGAUCUGAUUGACACAGUCACUCAGAGACCUACAACAACUGUGCAAACACAAACCACAAGAGAUAAUACAAAUGACAGAAGACUUGAGAAUGAUCCAUUGAGAGUUCCUCCUCGACCCUUGCCAUGUGUGAAUCCAGAUAAUCAUGACUUGUGGGAAUUACCUUCUGCCCAACUCCCUAAUGUGGGCAGAUCAGAUCUGGAUCCCUUUGCGCCUGGCGCUGGUGGUAUGAUCUUCAAUCCAUUCGGACCGCGAAGAGAUGUUGAAAAUCCUGGAUUAGGUAUCCCUGGAGGGCUCCCAAGAGGCGCAGUACCGCCAGGGGCUCGUUUCGACCCGUUCGGCCCGCCAGGUGCAGGUCCUAUGCCAGGUCGCCGACCGCCGCCCGACGCUGAUCAUUUCCCCCCGCCUGGCUUCAAUGACCAUAUGUUCAUGUAAAAAUCUCUUUUAUACCACGUUCCAAAGUAUGAGGAACAAAUAUAAC